AUGUAUGCAGGAAAAAUAAGCGGGCUGCGCGUCACUUCCGGGACUCUACCAAUAUGGCGGCCUCCAGCAGCAGCGGUGCCACCAAGCGCCUAGUGCAGUACGUCGUCGUUCGUUCGGAUUUAAUACACGGCUUGUCGUGGCCUCUGGGAGCGGUUAUAACGCAGGCAUGUCACGCCGCCACCGCCGUCAUUCACGUGAACUACAGCGACCCGGACACGCAGGAAUACCUGGCCGACCUGGACAACAUGCACAAAGUGGUGCUGCAGGCAACAGAUGAAGCGAGUCUGACUCAGUUAUCCAGGAUGCUUAGCGAACACGGCGUCGCGCACAAACUGUGGACGGAGCAGCCGGAGAACUUUCCCACCUGCCUGGCCCUGAAGCCGUACCCGAAGGACUCGGUACAUCAUCUUCUGAAAAAAUUCAAGCUUUUCAAAUAAGUGGAAAGAGACACUGAUGCUGAUUAAAAGUCAUUACAAAAAUCA